GAGACGCCAACUCACAAACCCAAAGCCCUGGAGCAGCAGUCUUGCUCAGUUGCUCUCUCCUUCCCCGUUGCGCCGCCCCCUUCUCUUCCGGCGGCGGGCGACCUCCCGAACCCCCGUCGACCAUGGAGGCCGACGUCGGCUCCAGGUACGAGAUUCCCCGGACCGCGGAGUUCCUCCGGGCGCGCGCCUACACCAGGGUCGCCCUCCAGUUACCCGACGAGAUGCUCAAGGACGCCGCGGCGGUGUCAAGGGCGCUGCGGCGGGAGCUCGCCUCCUCCGGCGGCGGCGGGGUCAGGGUGUUCGUGAUGGCCGACACGGCGUACAACUCCUGCUGCGUCGACGAGGUGGGCGCGUCACACAUUGACGCGCAGUGCGUCGUCCACUACGGCCACGCUUGCAUGAGCCCAAUAUCAAAUUUGCCAGCUUUCUUCGUACUUGGGAAGGCACCACUGGAUGUCGACGCCUGUGCCAGCUCAAUUCUGGAGUGCUCAAGGAAAGGCAGUAAGCAUAUUCUGGUUUUAUAUGGACUGGAGUAUGCAUAUGCAUUGGAUGACCUUAGACGAACUUUUGAAGAGUUACAUAAAUCAAAUUCCUGCAAUUCUGAAGUCAAGUAUGCAGACAUUUUGUGUUCAGUUAUGAGCCCAUCAUCAAAUAAUGCAGAUGAAAAUAAUUAUCCCCAAUCGAGUGGAAACUCUUGCCAUGUAGAUUUGUCGAUAAAGAGUGAUGUGUCAACAUUUCUGAAUAAUCGUUGUAGCAUGGAAUGUUCUAGUUCCACACACAAAUACAGCCUUGGUGGUGUUACAUGGAAUAUUUCACCUCAGGAAAAAAUGGAGGACUAUAUAAUAUUUUGGAUUGGACAUGAUAAUUCGGCAUUUGCCAACAUUGUGCUGACCUUCAAUAAAUGUGAAAUAGUUAGAUAUGAUGCAAUAAGAAAUCAACUCUCAACAGAUGUCUCUCAUCUGAUGAAAGUUCUUAGGCGAAGAUAUUACCUUGUGGAGAAGGCAAAGGAUGCAAAUAUUAUUGGAAUUUUAGUGGGAACUCUGGGUGUUGCUGGUUAUCUUCAUAUAAUUGAACAACUGAAAGAAAUGAUCAGGGCUGCUGGAAAGAAAUCUUAUACAUUGGUCAUGGGCCGGCCUAAUUCUGCAAAACUUGCAAAUUUUCCUGAGUGCGAAGUUUUUGUUUAUGUUUCUUGUGCCCAAACUGCUCUACUGGAUAGCAAAUAUUUUUUAGCUCCAGUUAUUACACCUUUUGAAGCUGUAUUAGCUUUAAGCAGGGGAAGAGAGUGGACUGGUGAAUAUCUUUUGGAUUUCAAGGAUUUGAUCACUUCAGAGAAACAAGAAGUUACAAGCGCAACAGAAGCACGGUUUUCCUUUAUCACAGGUGCCUAUGUGGAAGAUAACUGCACUCAAGAAAGUAUGGAACAAUCAGAAACAUCACUUACACUGGCUGAGGUAACAGAAAAGGCACUAAGCAUCCAAAACCAAAACAACAACGCUGUCCUUUACCAAGGAAGAGCAAUGUCCUCAAUCGACUACCUCAAGGCACGUUCAUACCGUGGUCUAACUGGAGAUUAUGAGGGUCCAGCACCUGAUUCAAUCUUGGUGGGCAGAACGGGGAGGGCAGCUGGUUACAAUGACGAGAAAACACAAAGUGCACAAUGAUGGCAAUUGGCAGUUAAUCAGUUACUAAAGGUCUCUGGCGAGGAAAACACAGAGAGAUCACUUGCACCCUAAAAGGUUCACCAUUCUGCAAUGCCUGUUUUAUUUUUAUUGGGAAAGAUAGAUUUACAGACGACCAUGGAUUUAUCGUUGGUGUGCAAUACCUGUUUCUAAGGGGAAGGGGAACUAACCUUUGGAUGCAGUUCUCUCAGGAGGCACUUUUUCUGUUAGAAACUAGCACAUUCGGAGAGUCAGUUUUGAUAGUCAAACAGCCCUGCAGAUUCCAGAAACUGGCAUGAUUUCAGAAGUUACAGAAGAUAUACGUGGUUUGCCACCCAUUCUGUAAUUGUCCAUUAUGUUUGUACAAGACACAAUUUGCCCUAUAUAUUCUUAUUGGCAAUUUCUUAAUGGACCAUUUGGUAAUCCUUUACA